AUCAGUGCGGUCAGUACAGUGACUUCAGAAAGCUUUGCUUUGUUUUAUCAGGAUGGAUUUCACUCAGGAUUUGGAGCUUUUCCCGGAGUACUCAGUUACUCAGCUGCUUUUUAAAGAUGUAAAAAACUGUCCAGCAUUGAGAAAGAUGGCAGUGGAGGGACAGAUACAGGGAGCACUGAUCAACCCAUGCAUGGUAGUGGAUCCAUUCCAGACUUUGCUAGCAGCAAAUAAAGCUGUUCAUGUGCAAAAGAUUGGAAAAAUGAAGACAAGGAGCUUGUACUCUGAAAUCAUCUACAAUCUUUCACCCACAAACAAUAUCUCCGAGGCAUUUAAAAGGUUCGGGAUCUCAGACAGUGAUAGUGCAGUUCUCAUCGUUCUGGUCCACAACAAAGAAAAAGCCUUCAGUAAAGACGAGGUCCAGUCCAAAGUGGAUGGUCAGCAGCUGCCGGCUGAUCAAAUCUCUACCCUGACGGACACUGCCAAGAUUAAAAAGCUUUACAAAAUCACACCUGAGGAGGAGAAGUGUGGAACUGUUUUGGAUGCUGUGGUCUGCAGGAUGGCUGCUAAAGAUGUCGUAUAGCUUAAUGUUUUACUACAUGAAAACAUACGUUUAUAUAUAUUUAUGUUAAAGUAAAAGAUGACCUUUUUUAAACAA